AGAAAAUAAAAGAAAAAAUAAAAAAAAGAGAAGAAGAGAAAAAGAGGCAAGCCAUAGCCAAAGGGUUCGUGUCGGCUUCAACCAAACACUGACGGUGUGUGUAUACACCUUUACAUACACACCUUUAUCUCUCACAUCUUCCCAAAUCAAUCUUCUACUGUUUUCUUUUUUCCUCUUCUUACAUUAUUUUUGACAGCAAUUCUCAGUUUCUCUCUAUCCCCUUUCUGGGUUUUGUUUGAACCCUAGCUCGCUUUGGAUCCAGUGGUUUUAAGUUAAAGGUAAAUUUAUCGAGAUUAAGGAUUCCAAAUGGCAGCUACCACUCAUUCAUCUGUAAAACCGGGAGGAGUUUUAAGUGAUGCUUUAUGUACGGAGCUCUGGCAUGCCUGUGCUGGACCUCUUGUAACGCUACCUCGUGAAGGGGAACGAGUUUAUUAUUUCCCUGAAGGCCACAUGGAGCAGCUCGAGGCAUCAAUGCACCAAGGUUUGGAGCAACAGAUGCCUUCCUUCAAUCUUCCAUCUAAGAUUCUCUGUAAAGUGAUCAACAUCCAGCGCAGGGCAGAGCCCGAGACUGAUGAAGUAUACGCGCAAAUAACCUUAUUGCCAGAACUGGAUCAAAACGAACCAACCAGCCCAGAUGCACCUGUUCAAGAACCUGAAAAGUGCACUGUACAUUCAUUUUGCAAGACACUAACUGCUUCAGACACAAGCACACAUGGUGGAUUCUCUGUGCUACGGCGACACGCAGAUGAUUGUCUCCCACCCUUGGAUAUGUCCCAACAACCACCGUGGCAAGAAUUGGUUGCAACUGAUCUCCACAAUAAUGAAUGGCAUUUUAGGCACAUUUUCCGAGGCCAACCAAGGCGCCAUUUGCUAACAACUGGAUGGAGUGUAUUUGUUAGCUCGAAGAAACUAGUGGCUGGUGAUGCUUUCAUAUUCUUAAGGGGUGAGAAUGAAGAGCUCCGAGUUGGUGUUAGGCGGCACAUGAGACAACAGACUAAUAUCCCGUCAUCUGUCAUUUCAAGUCAUAGCAUGCAUAUUGGGGUCCUUGCGACUGCAGCUCAUGCCAUUACAACAGGGACAAUCUUUUCUGUCUUCUACAAGCCCAGGACAAGUAGGUCAGAGUUUAUUGUGAGCGUCAAUAGAUAUCUCGAAGCUAAGACCCAGAAGCUGUCUGUAGGCAUGCGUUUCAAGAUGAGAUUCGAGGGUGAAGAAGCUCCCGAGAAAAGGUUCAGUGGGACAAUAGUUGGUGUUCAGGAAAACAAGUCUUCGGUCUGGCAUGAUUCUGAAUGGAGAUCGCUAAAGGUUCAAUGGGACGAACCCUCAUCUGUAUUUCGUCCUGAAAGAGUUUCACCUUGGGAACUUGAGCCCCUAGUUGCAAAUAGUACUCCUUCUUCACAACCUCAGCCUCCACAAAGGAACAAACGACCGAGACCUCCUGGUUUACCUUCACCAACCACCGGUCCAUCUGCUCCUGUUACUCCAGAUGGUGUGUGGAAAUCCCCGGCAGACACUCCUUCCUCAGUGCCAUUAUUCUCUCCUCCUGCCAAAGCUGCUACGUUUGGUCAUGGUGGGAACAAAUCAUUUGGAGUAUCUAUUGGAUCAGCCUUUUGGCCCAGCCAUGCAGAUAGUGCAGCUGAAUCCUUUGCUUCAGCGUUUAACAAUGAAUCUACUGAAAAGAAGCAAACUAAUGGAAAUGUCUGUAGGCUUUUUGGGUUUGAGCUAGUUGAAAAUGUUAAUGUGGAUGAAUGUUUCUCUGCUGCCUCUGUGUCCGGUGCUGUCGCUGUAGAUCAACCUGUCCCAUCCAAUGAGUUUGACUCUGGUCAGCAGUCUGAGCCGUUAAACAUCAACCAAUCUGAUAUUCCUUCGGGGAGUGAUGACCCUGAGAAUUCCUCUUUGAGGUCUCCUCAAGAAUCACAAAGUAGACAGAUACGUAGCUGCACAAAGGUGCACAUGCAAGGCAGUGCAGUUGGCAGAGCUGUUGAUUUGACAAGGUCAGAGUGUUAUGAAGAUCUAUUCAAGAAGCUGGAGGAGAUGUUCGAAAUCAAGGGUGAACUCUUAAAAUCUACCAAAAAAUGGCAAGUUGUUUACACCGAUGAUGAAGAUGACAUGAUGAUGGUUGGUGAUGAUCCAUGGAAUGAGUUCUGUGGAAUGGUGAGAAAGAUAUUCAUCUACACACCUGAGGAAGUGAAGAAACUUUCACCGAAGAACAAACUCGCAGUCAAUGCAAGGAUGCAGCCCAAAACUGAUGCAGAGGAAAAUGGGAAUACAGAGGGCAGGUCAUCAUCUAUGGCUGGAUCAAGAUGAGUAUAUCACUGUUAUGCUUUAAAUGUACUUGCCACGUAGGAAAGAUGAAAGCAGAAGCAAGAGAUCGUUAGACAAUGUGAAAAUUGAGAUGUCUGUGUAUAGCAAUGAAGUUUUAUGUCUUCAGGUCCCAUGAAUUCACUUAGAUGCAAUGUGUUUUGAGGAGUUGUGUAGCUUUUGUACGGGAAAAUGUGGAAAUUAAGAUUCACGUCUUGUUCUACGUUAA